AUGUCGCAGGAAGAAGAGGCCCAGUCUCGAAUUGUAGGUGGCACCACAUCUACCAACCGGUCUUUAGAGAAUGGAAACAGCAUCAGACUCGUCGUAUUGCAUCCUGGAACAUCCUCAGACACUCUUUCAUGUGACUUGAUUACCUGCGAACUGGAUCAGCCACCCGAUUAUGAAGCUCUCUCGUACACCUGGGACGACGCAAACGGCGACCGUUCUCUGACACAGGAAAUCCGGUGCGGCCCAGAGUACGGCAAAAUUGCCAUCACGAAGAAUUGCGAAGCCGCAUUGCUUCGCCUGCGCCUCGAGGAUGACCUACGCUUUCUAUGGAUCGACGCCCUCUGCAUCGACCAAUCAAACCUCCGCGAGCGCAGCCACCAGGUCCAUCUGAUGUUCAGAAUCUACCACACAGCAUUCAGAGUGGUCGUGUUUCUGGGCAACCGCUCCUUUGAAAGCGAUAGGCUCUUCGACUACUUGAGCAAUCCCAAGGCAAACCACGGGCUUCCGGAAGGAGAAGCAGUGCAGCUGGCAAUGGAGCUGUUCAAGCGCAACUGGUUCAAGCGCUUGUGGGCCCUGCAAGAGAUCGUGGUAGCCCGUGCCGCCAUCAUCAUCUGUGGCAGCAAAACGAUCAAGUGGCAGGCGCUGUCCAGGUUCUUCAUUGGGUCAAUCAGCGAUGCCGCACGGGAUGGCGUUCCGUUCUUUGAUUCGCGCAUUUUUGUCGAUCCAGCAGCCAUGAUGCUGUGUGGUGGUCUGCAAGGGCCGCAGCCUAUCGAUCUGCUUCCCCAGCUGUUCCGUGCAUCUCAGACGUUCAAGGCAUCAGAGCCACUCGAUCACAUCUUUGCCGUCCUUGGCCUCGUCGAUCAGAGCGCCACUGUCGGGAUUGUACCUGAUUACAACAAGAGUGUGUUCGAGGUCCUAUACGAGCUCUCGGUCUAUUUCGUGGAGAGGUUUCGCAUCAUCUUUCCCCCGGGGCUGUGGGUGCUGACUGACCUUCAACUGGGCAAGCCCAAAUCACCACACACCUGGAUACACAGAUGGACCGAAAGGAUAGUCCCCAGGCAGCCCAUAUACCUGGCCGAAGAUCCUGUUGUUGAUGGCCAUCUACUCAUCAUCAAGGGCCAAAGGAUGCUCAAAGGCUUUUUUAACCUGCCUGAGGAGCCUGUGCCACUCCUGAGGGUCAGGCUGGCCGACGACAAGACCUACGAAGUCUGUCAGGGUACUGUAAUGGUUUUGGAUGGAUCAACAAAACAGGGGCAGGAUGAUGGAAGUUUCAUCGCCGUGAAGGUGUCAGAAGACUCCGGGGUAAUAUUGAAAAGCUGGACUGCAUCAAAAUCAUAUUCACUGAUGGCAGGCUUUUCAAAUCCACGAAGAUCUCAUGGUACAGUCCACGAGGAGGGAAACAACUCUUCUCAGAGUUGGUUGGAUGAGCCUCAGUCAUUCACAAUAUUCUAA